AUGCAGGGAGUGCCUGGCCUGUUGGAGGGGCAGAAGGUGAAAGAGAAGCCUGCUCCUGCCAAGGCGGACGCCAAGCCCCGGAAGGCGGCGGGCAAGGAUAAAUCAUCAGACAAAAAAGUUCAAAAAGGGAAAAGGGGAGCAAAGGGAAAACAGGCUGAAGUGGCUAACCAAGAAACUAAAGAAGAUUUACCUGCAGAAAAUGGAGAAACAAAAAACGAGGAGAGUCCAGCCUCUGAUGAAGCAGAAGAGAAAGAAGCCAAGUCUGAUUAAUCAUACACCAUGUCUUUUCAGUGGUCCCGUCUCCCUUCUUGUACAAUCCAGAGGAAUAUUUUUAUCAACUAUUUUGUAAAUGCAAGUUUUUUAGUAGCUCUAGAAACAUUUUUAAAAAGGAGGGAAUCCCACCUCAUCCCAUUUUUUAAGUGUAAAUGAUUUUUUUUUAGAAGUGAAAUCAUUUGCUGGUUGUUUAUUUUUGGGUACAACCAGAAAAUAGUGGGAUAUUGAAUUAUGGGAGGCUUGGACUGUCUUUCGUGUCAGCUUAACAUUCCAUAGGUGGGGGGUUUAGUUUUAUAUCCUACAAUACAAAGCAUAUUAAAUGGCAGUUUGGAGUCACAGUAUUGCAUUUAAUGUCUUGAAUAUUUUAAAUUACUUCUAUUCCUGUGUUUUUUAGUAGAAUUGUUUCCUAAAGAAGACCACUACUGGAUCAUUGCUGUCAGAAUCGUAUGUACUCUGUAACAUCUUUGGUUGUGGAAGUCUAGUUUUCCUAAUAUUUUUAAUGUGCUGUGAAAGAUGAAAAAUUUGAGUAUGUUGUGUGUGACAAAGUUUUGAAUUAGAGGGACCUAAGUAAUAACAUUCAAAGAUACUGGUACUUGAUAUUCUAUUAAGAAAAAAUUGCCUCCAAAUUAAAAGCUGGAAAGUCACUGGAAUAACUGAAAAAGAAUCACAGUAUAAAGCUUUUUAGAUUUCCGGUACGUGUGUUAAGAAUUGUGUACAAAGUGAAAUGUCUGUGUACUGAUUCUCAAUACAGCCAAUAAAAUCUCAAACACGAAAA